AUGCGCUGCAUGCUUGCUCUUUUAUUGCUUAAUGACAUCAGACCGAAGGAUAAUGACCGUUUAAUCACCAUGCCAUUAAAUGGGGAUUAUAAAUAUUAUCGAAUAUACAAUUCGAAAGGAUUACGACAGUUCCGAGGCGUUGAGGCUGGCAGUGACGUAAUUACGGCUGCGAGGCAGAUUAACAGUCCCGGCACACAUAUAGCAGUCUAUUGCUCUCCAUCCCAAGAUUCAAGGUAUUUGAGGAAGUAUAUAGCUGAGGGCGCGACUGAGCUACAUGAUUCAUCUCAAUUUGGCUUUCACCAGGAUCUUUCUCAAGAAACCAAAUGUCUCGAACAAAUUGAAGCGGAGUUCGAAAAAUCACCGGUCACAAAGUUAAUCCCCAUUAAGCAGUUUUUGGACAUAAAAGAGUGCAGUAAAAGUACAAUCUACAGUCUAGCGUUCCAAAACUAUUUUUGUAUUCAAAACGUUGCAAGCGCAAAGCUUACGCCUUGUGAUUCUAUUCGUUACCUUAUAGGUGUCGACUAUCUAUAUCUCAUGUCCGAUGUGGUCCUGGGCCGUAAAUUCAUUUCGCAAACGUAUCAUGAUGGUCUGCAGACUGCACUGGCGUGGUAUCAAGGUUAUUUAAAUAUAUUUCAAAAAAGUCAAUAUGAAUCCAUGUGGAAACCAAAAAAACGAUCUGCACAGGAGACGGAGGAUUUUGAUUACAUCAUCGACUUUAUAGCCGAAUCUUUUGCCGAAGUUGGAUCUAUCAAGUCGGUGCUGAUGCAAGGUGUAAAUACCAUUAGUACAACACCAACCGAUGCUCAGACGUUGAGGGAAGAUCACCACGUCAAUAAAGAGCUCUACAUCAAACAACAAUUAGGUACCCUCCGCCAGAAAAAUUUACGAUUAACUGACUCACUUGCACACGGUUUAAUUGGUCCAUUUGUGAAAUAA